AUGAUAUAAAAUAAUAACUAUUUCGACCAUCUAGAAGAAUUUUUAAACUCUUCACUUUAAUCGUUUUAGGUUCUCAAUAUUAAUAUGGAUAAUUGGUGGAGUUAAAUUGGUUAUGAAGGUGCAUUAAAUUUAGGUACUGCUUUAGCAAAUUGCACAAAUCUUUCAAAUUUGACACUUCGUCUUUAAGGAAAUACAAUUGGGGAUAAAGGUGCAUCAGGCUUAGGUUUUGGUUUAGGAAAGUGCAUUAAUCUCUAAAAUUUGGUACUUGAUCUUAGAAAGAAUUAAAUUGGUAAUGAAGGUUCAUCAGGCUUAGGUUCUGGUUUAAGAAAAUGCACUAAUUUCUCAAAUUUGACACUUUAUCUAAGGUGGAACUAAAUUGGUGCAAUUGGUGCAUCAGACUUAGGUUCUGAUUUAGCAAAUUGCACUAAUCUUUCAAAUUUGACACUUGAUAUUAAUAAAAAUUAAGUUGGUGAAAUUGGCGCAUUAGGCUUAGGUUCUUGUUUAGCAAAGUGCACUAAUCUCUAAAAUUUGACACUAUAUCUUAGUACCACCAAAAAAUGUAAAGUAAAGUGCCUUAAAUCAAAAAGAUUAGUUGCCUUAAAAAUAGAAUCUUGA